UGGAAUCGGAAACAGAGACAGCGAGGGGAAAACUUGUGGUAUUACGGCUUCUCUUGUUCAGGGGAGGAUAAGAGGAGAGGGCGAGGGAGAGGUCUCGAGAACUCUGUGGCAGAUGAUGGAGCGGCUUUGGAUACCAUCCCAUCAGACUCUUGGAGGUAGAAUGUUGCCUUUUCUCAGACACUACUGUGUCUUUGGAAGUCAUCAUCCCUUAACCUGGAGCGGCUUACAAACCACUGAGAGAAAACAUAACCAAAAUGGAGGCUGGAUUGCACAGUGCGCGGCAAGUGGCAAUGGACCUUCUGUUUCAGACAUAAAUGGUGCUCAAAAGGAUUUUGCUUUGCCAGAUAGUUUGCUUUGCAAUGCUCGUAUUCUCUAUUGUGCAUCUCCUGCCAUGGGUCACAACAAGGAAUCGCAUCCAGAAUCUAACAAAAGAGUGCCGGCAAUAGUCGAUGCUCUCGAAAAAUUGGAGCUUACGCCCAAGCAUCGUGGAUCACAGGUUCUUGAAAUUCAAAAUUUCCACCCUGCUUCACUUGAUGAUGUUGCACGAGUUCAUUCAAGAAAAUACAUUACUGGACUCGAAAAGGCUAUGAGUAGGGCUUCAGAUGAAGGUUUGAUAUUCAUUGAAGGAACUGGACCAACAUAUGCUACACAGACUACCUUCCAAGAAUCACUUCUUGCAGCUGGUGCUGGAAUUACAUUGGUUGAUUCAGUGGUUGCAGCAUCAAAGCUGGGCCCAAGCCCACCCCUUGGAUUUGCGCUAGUAAGGCCACCAGGACACCAUGCGGUUCCUGAAGGUCCCAUGGGCUUUUGCGUCUUUGGGAACAUUGCAGUGGCAGCUCGGUACGCCCAGCAUCAACAUGGAUUAAAGCGGGUCAUGAUAAUAGAUUUCGAUGUUCACCAUGGCAAUGGAACAUGUGAUGCCUUUUAUGAUGACCCAGACAUCUUCUUCCUCUCAACCCAUCAGCUAGGAAGCUAUCCUGGCACCGGUAAGAUGAACCUAAUUGGUCAAGGCAGCAGCGAAGGAACAACGCUCAACCUGCCACUGCCUGGUGGCUCAGGUGAUUACUCAAUGAGGUGUGCAUUUGAUGAGGUGAUUGCUCCAUCAGCACAGCGAUUCAAGCCUGACAUCAUCCUGGUUUCAGCUGGCUACGACGCGCAUGCGCUGGACCCGCUAGCGGGGCUGCAGUUCACGACGGGCACGUACUACACGCUGGCGUCGAGCAUCAAGCAGCUGGCCGGGGAUCUCUGCGGUGGCCGCUGCGUCUUCUUCCUGGAAGGCGGCUACAACCUGCAGUCUCUCUCCAGCUCCGUCGCAGACACCUUCCGCGCGUUCCUCGACGAGCCCAGCCUCGCCGCGCAGUUCGACAACCCGGCGAUGCUCUACGAGGAGCCAACGCGGAGGGUGAAGGAGGCGAUCGAGAAGGUCAGGCAUCUCCACUCGCUGUAGAUUACACACCGGAGAUGAGCUCAGGCACACUGCUGCUUUGCAGUGUGCGCGCUGCAGAGUCAGAUUGUGUGCUGCGUUUGCAGGUGUAGCGUGUGUGUAUGUGUGUGUAUAAACUGUAUGUAUUUUGAAGAUCUGCUCGCUGCUCAUUUAGACUUGGUUAAUUCCUGUUCGAGUGCGUGUAAUUCUUUAUUGAUCACACGCACAUAGAACUGUGUAUUCUAUUUACCUUGGAUCAUACAUAGAAUUGUGUGAUUCACACAACCUUGUAAAAUAUAUUGACUGAAAUUUGGCUCGA